UUUUAGUCGUCACACUUUGCGUCAAAAAAGAAUUCAUUUUAGCCAAAUAAAGACAAAAAAAAUUUUAAUAAAAGUGAACAAACUGCAUUUUCGUGGAAUUGUAUUUAUUCAAGGCCACAUCGAAUCUAUUAAUAAACGUCUUUAAGCAAGUGUAAACUAGUUAGAAAGCAAAAAAUAUGGAAGAUUGGGAAAGUGCUGCUGACAAGCCUAUAGUUGUUAUACCCAACAAAAUAAAUAAGUGGGAUGGUGAGGACGAGGAUGACGAUAUCAAGGACAGUUGGGAAGAUGAAGAGGAGAAAAAGGAUGAGGAGAAGGUUGAGGAAAAACCAAAAGAGCCAGUGAAAACAAAACCCAAUAAAGUUUUGAAAGCCAAAUUGGCCGAACAAGAGCGACUCGCAGAGGAAGAAGAGACCAAACGGUUAGCUAAUAUGACGCCCGAAGAAAAAUUGGCAGAAAAAUUGCGCCUGCAAAAAAUCCAAGAGGAAUCAGAUUUAAAGAGUGCUUUAGAAACAUUUGGUGUUCAGGAAGUCGGUGGUGUCUUAGAUUCUUUUAAUCCUCACACCGAAGAGGAUUUCAAAGAAUUUGGGGCGACGCUUAGUUGGAAAUUGUCACAAUACAAAGACUCGCCACAUUUCCCGCAAUUUGUUGAAGAUUUAGUGCGAAGUAUAUGUGUGAAUUUGCCUCUUCCAGAAUUAAAAAAAGUGAAAAUGAACAUAGAAACUCUACAUAGCGAAAAGGUGAAACUAGAAAAGCAAAAUACUAAGAAAUCUGCUUCGAAAACUAAGGGAAAGAUCACCAUUAAAACAGAAACAGAUGAUAUUGAAACCUAUAACAAAUAUGGCAACGACUACACACCCUAUGAUGAUUACGAUGAUUUUAUGUAAAAGCCAAUAACUCUUCAACUAAUUUUCCAACUCUGCUUCCCCCCCUCAACUUUUUAUCAAAGUCGCAAAAUUUUUGAGUCCUCUUCUCUAAGAAUUCUCAACGAUGAAAAUGUUGAUUUGUUAUGGUGUUCAUCAAAAAUGUUAGCACACAGGAAUUUAACUUGACGUUAAAAGCCAUUAAUCACACGACAACGCUCUUGUUUUGUUAUACAUACUAUUUUAUUUUUGAAAAUAUACAUAAGUACAUACAUA